AAAUUCGUUGGUAGAUAAAGCUUCAAUAAAAUAUAUGGUUGCUUCUUCAAGCUCUCACUUCACUCUGAGUUUCAACUUUAAAAAUGGCGAGUACUCUCACGCGCCAUCACCUUCUCUGCCUAUACUCACCGAAGCCCAAUCCAUCGUCGUUUAAAUCCCAAUCCCCAAUCAGAAACCCGAAUUUCUCGUUUCGUCUUCGAACCACCGUGCUCAAAUCUUCGCCUCAGAAACGCGUUUCCACCUCAAUAGAAACUCCGCCGCAAGACCUCAAACCCGCCGAAACUCCUCCGCCUCGGGUCGACCCGGUCCCUCCGUCGUCUUCUUCUCGUCUCCGUCGUUUAAGAGAUGGGAUUAAGUUCGAUGAAUUGGCGCUGGAGAUUUUGUCGAUUGCAUUGCCGGCGGCUUUGGCUUUGGCCGCCGAUCCGAUAGCGUCUUUGGUUGAUUCUGCCUUUGUUGGCCACUUAGGAUCGGUUGAAUUGGCUGCGGUUGGGGUAUCGGUUUCGGUUUUCAAUCUGGUAUCCAAAUUGUUUAAUGUUCCAUUGCUCAACAUCACAACGUCGUUUGUUGCUGAGGAGCAGGCAUUGAUUAGUAAAGCCGCUAAAGAUUCUGAAAUGGACAAAGAUCGUGCAGGUGAGCACAAAGGCAAGGUUCUCCUUCCCUCCGUAUCAACUUCUUUAGCACUUGCUGCUAGCAUUGGCAUUGCUGAAGCUGUUGCACUCUCUUUUGGCUCUGGUUUCUUGAUGAAUAUCAUGGGUAUACCUGCUGACUCACCAAUGCGAGUGCCAGCUGAGCAGUUUCUUACUUGGAGGGCCUUUGGUGCUCCACCAAUUGUUAUUGCACUAGCUGCACAAGGCACUUUUCGUGGAUUUAAGGACACAAAGACCCCUCUUUAUGCCAUUGGUGCAGGCAACUUACUUAAUGCAUUAUUGGAUCCAAUAUUGAUCUUUCUUUUUGGUAUUGGCAUUGGUGGAGCUGCAAUUGCUACUGUGAUUUCUGAAUAUUUAAUUGCUUUUAUUCUUCUUUGGGAACUGAAUGGAAAAGUAUUGCUUAUUUCUCCUAACAUUGAUGGGAGAAAAGUUGCUAGCUAUCUAAAAUCUGGUGGGCUUCUCAUUGGGAGGACCCUAGCUGUGCUUGUAACCAUGACACUGGCGACAUCCAUGGCAGCUAGAGAGGGUCCUAUCCCUAUGGCUGGUCAUCAAAUUUGCAUACAAGUUUGGUUGGCAGUGUCUUUGCUUACUGAUGCUUUAGCUCUUGCUGGUCAGGCUCUGCUUGCAAGUGGUUACUCACAAGGGAAUUAUGAACAGUCACGUCAAGUGAUUUACAGAGUUCUUCAGAUUGGUUUAGUGUCAGGAACUGCAUUGGCUGUUAUUUUAUUUCUUGGAUUUGGGGCAUUUUCUAGUUUGUUCACCACAGACUUGGAAGUUCUGACAAUUGCCUGGUCUGGUAUUUUGUUUGUUGCUGGAUCACAGCCAAUGAAUGCUUUAGCAUUUGUUCUUGAUGGGCUCUACUAUGGGGUUUCAGACUUUGGAUAUGCUGCCUACUCUAUGGUGCUCGUUGGGUUGAUCUCUUCAAUGUACCUACUGGUGGCUGCUCCAGCAUUUGGUCUUGCUGGUGUCUGGUCAGGGUUGUUUCUUUUCAUGACCUUGCGUGUAGUAGCUGGAAUUUGGAGGUUGGGAUCAAAAAGUGGACCAUGGAAAAUGGUCUGGUCUGAGAUGAAGCAAGAAAGUGAGUGAGAUUUGGUCAAGUUCUGCAUCCCAUGUCUCUGCCAUCUGCUAUGCUUGUUGAGUGCCGUCCAGGUCCCGGGACAUCACACUCUUUUAAGUUAUCCUUAUUUUGAAGUCACUCAAACAAACUUUUACCAGUGCCAGUCACAAGAAUUUUGCGUUGAGGUUUUCAACUGAGGUAUACUUUUAUUGAGGCCACGUGGUUUCAUUAACCAGAGUAUCUGUCAACUGCUAACAACCGACUGGAUAUAAGUCUGGCUGAUUUGAUAAGGUGGUAGAAUGUAUUAUUGGAGGAAGCUGAAGGUAAAAACAGUUUCAGGCGCAAGUUGUUGUCCCUUUCAGGCUUCACCAGGUUCAGUAAUCUUUCAGAUUUUUGUAUCGCCUUCGAGCUUUCUCCUACUCCCAAUUGGUAAAUUUGACCCAUUUAUAUGAGUGUGUAUAUAUACACACACACACUAUAGGACAAACUACAUUAGGACAAUAUCCUACCAAGAUUGAUCGGCAUUUUCAGUUUUUACACAUAUUACUUGCCUGUUUUUGUCGAUCUAAACCAUUUACAUUGAUUUAAGAACAGCAAAGAUCAAAGAACUCUACAUUUUGUAUGAGCUAUUAGAACCAAAUGAUUAAUUUGAACAUUGUGUAAGCCUUCCGUAGA